AUGGGUUGGACAUUUUCAAGGCGAAAAUGGAUUAUCGAUUUUAAUCCAUUAAAUGAACAAUUAAUUUUCAAAAGCAUCAUUUUAGAAAAACCAAAAGAUACCAAUGAUCCCUGGAAUAAAAAGGAUUUGGACUGUUUAUCAAGUCUUGUCAUUCAAAAUCAAAGUAAAUCACCAAAUAGUAAUGCAGGAUCUCAAUAG